AUGUUUUACCCAGUGGAAUCCCUAAGAAGAGGUGGUAGAUUUCACUUAUGCUGGGUCGCAGAUGCUUGGUCUGAACGUUUUGAAAUUAUUAAAACCCGGCAGAUUUUUGAGCAAGAUGUACGGAAAAUGUGUGACGAUUUACUUGAUGUUAUACAGCAAGAAUCCGGGCGUCCAUCUAGAAGAUUUUCUCUUCGAUUAUCAUCUCAACUUAUUCACGGCUUAGUUCUAUUUUAUCGAAGAAAAGUGAAUUUAUUCAUACAUGAAGUCUGUAUGCUCCAAGCAUAUACAAUGCAUUCCAUUAACCAAAGGACAAAAUCACCCGAACCAAAACGUCGUGUAAGGAGAUCUCCACCAGUACAGAGAUUAGUUAUUCAAGAAAUUGAUGGUGAUGAAAGAGUUGAGGAACUCUUACAGCAAAAUACUCAGAACAUAGUAGCUCGUGUAGAAGACAUCACACUAAGAGAGCCUAAUAUUCCUGAUAACAGGGCAUUAUAUGACGGCUUUGGGGAAAUGGACCUCCAAAUCCCAUCAAUAACUUUGAAUGACCAAACUGUUGAGUUUAUGUUGGGUCCUGAAGGAAGUGCUAUGCAGCAAAGCGCCCUGGAAUUGGUCGACUUGACACCCGAGAAUUUAAACAAUCUGACACAUCUCGCGGAUCGUGCCUCUGCGCACAUGGAACGCAUUUCCGAACACGAUGUUUCAGUGUUGAAUAAAUCUACCGGCACUGAAUUGAGAGCUCCGGGUUCCUUUGGUGGAGAAAUCACCGACAUCCCGCUCCCCGAAAUGACCAUUCCUCCGGAGACGCAAACUAUGGUUGGAGAAGCAGCCCAACCUUCUGCUAGUGUCAUAGAUAAAAGCCCAGAACAAAUAACAGUGGAAGAGAUCGCAUCCUCGGAUUUAGACGCCAACCUGCGCCCAAGAAGACGCAAAGUCAGACCGAGGAUAGAUGAAUGCACCGUAAUGAGCGGUACAUACAUGGGUGCGCGGAUUAAAGAUGAUCACGUCGAUCUACGUUGUAAGGAUAGCACUUCAGACGUCAUAAAAAUUAGAGGGCCAACGACACAACAGUUACUUCACCGACCGUGCCACGCAGGUAUCCAGCCAUCUACCAAGUUGAACCUCUUCCCCAACAACAUGUUUUUGAGACGUCUCAACGCCUGUACCAUGCCUCCUGUCGCUACUGCAGUAGAUGCACCACAAGAGGCAUUAGUACAAGAUAAAACUCGAGAUGCUAGUCGUUCGUUCGUCCAGGAAAUGGAGCAGCCUGAGGGCGUUGCUCAUGCGCCUACUAAUGUUAUUAGUGAACCCAUGGAAGUUUUACCUAUUCCUGAAACAAAUCCAGGUGUCCCUGUUAAUCAGGAGGAUAUUUCCGAUUUUCCUACCCAAAAGAUAUCGACUGUUGCUACAGUCGAAGAACCGCCACGUGAAAUACCGUCUCCGAUUAAAAUACGUCGAGUUGGAGUGAGGACUUUUACGUCGGCUGUCGAAAUGGAUUUUAAUAAUAUAUCCACCAAUAAGGAAAAUAUCCCAGACAACCGACAAGCUCGUAUAUCGGUACUCCUCCAAGAAGCGGGCUUAGCUGAUGUUCCCCAAGAGAAAAUUGACGAAGCAAAUCAUAGCAAGAGUAGGAGUGAGACACCCCUGGGCAGUUUGGAUAGGACAAAAGUAUCGCUGGGCGAUUCUGAUGUUACUACUGAAUCGCAACGCUUUCUCAGAGAUGAAUGGGGAAGCUAUGGGACUAUGCAUAAACUGUUCUUUUGUAUUAAAGAUGGAUUGAAGGGUAUUAAUGUAAGAGCUCUUGUUUCCCGUGGCCCAACGCUCCAAGGUCGAGAGCGUCUUGUCGCAGCAAAAUGCUUCACGUCUUUAUUAAAAUUAAGGCAACAUGGUUUUAUAACCAUUGAAAAGGACCCUGUUACUCUAGAAAUUGUCAAUAUAACCUUAGGCCCAAGGUUAUUAAAACUGGAGAAUGCAGAAAAGCAUUUGUAA